UUUCAAUAAAGCUCUGCACUGUGGAAAUUUGACGUUUCAAUUAGGCUCAUUGCUGAUUGUAUUAAUUUGUAAUAAAUUAAGUUACAAAUAGAAAAAAAAGUGUAUUUGAUAACAUAUAAUGACAUACAAUUUCAAAGAAAUGGGUUGGACAGAUGUUCGGGAUCAAUUUAGGAAAUGGCGAGAAAAUAAUGAACGCUGCAGUGACGAUGUAAUUCAAUUGUGGGAAGCAGUUUUGGAAACUCGCGUACAAAAGACUGGAAAUGAAAGGCAUCUGAUAUUAGAGCAAGUUAUUAUUGCUGCUUUCGACACGUCACGUCUUGAUAUCGCAAGUAAAUGUAUUCAAUUACUGAGCACAGAGUUUCCUGAGAGCUUACGCGUAAUGAAGUUUGAGGCUAUGCGUUUGGAAGCUAUGCAGAUGUAUGACGAAGCUCUUGAGCUUUUGGAUGAAAUUAUUGCAAAGGAUGAAACAAAUGCAGCUCCACGGAAGCGGAAAAUAGCAAUACUGAAAGCAAAAGGAAAGCGGGUUGAAGCCAUUAAAGAUUUGUGUGACUAUUUAAAAAUAUUUAUGUCUGAUCAAGAAGCAUGGCAUGAGCUUUGCGGAUUGUAUUUGGCGGAAGGUGAAUAUUCCAAGGCAGUUUUUUGCAUGGAGGAAGUUUUACUACAUAAUCCACACAGCCAUCUUAUACAUCAGCGGAUUGCGGAAAUACGAUACACCAUGGGUGGAAUGGAAAACAUAGAAAUCUCUCGCACGUAUUAUUCUCAAGCGCUGAAAUUGAAUUCAAAUAAUUUGCGUGCUCUUUACGGUCUAUAUCUAUGCUGCAGCUACAUUGCCAAUUCACGCGCCUUGGGUUCGAAACGUAAGGAAGCCCAAAAAAUGGCCCAUUGGGCAUUGGAGACUGCGGCAUUGCGAACAACAAAAUCAUCGAAAAUUAAUAGCAACGAUAAGUUGAUAUCGAGUCUGGAAAGUACAUUAGCCAGCUUAGAUAUUAAGUCUAAUUGACAUUAUCCUAAAAUAUUGUUAGUAAAUUCGUAAAAUCACACAUAUAGAUAAUAUAAAAAAUCAUUCAACUGAUUA